AGACUCCUGGUACUCAAGGCCGAGACUACUUUGGAGAACCCGAUCCUGAGAAUCCAGCACUAUGUCUUACCAGCAGCAGCAGUGCAAGCAGCCUUGCCAGCCUCCACCUGUGUGCCCACCCAAGAAGUGCCCUGAGCCUUGUCCUCCUCUAAAGUGUCCUGAGCCUUGUCCUCCACCAAAGUGCCCUGAGCCUUGUCCUCCUCCAAAAUGCCCAGAGCCUUGUCCUGAGCCAUGUCCCCCUCCCUCAUGCCAGCAGAAAUGCCCUCCUGCGCAACCUCCUCCACCCUGCCAGCAGAAGUGCCCACCUAAGAGCAAGUGAGGUCUUCAGCAGUCAUCAGGACAAAGGGAAAAGAAGAGAAUCUAUCUCAUGUACUUCCAAAGCAACACCCAUCUUCCUUCCAAAUCCUGGCAUGAUUGCAGAGGAAUCUCCUUCACCUUUCACCCUCCAUGUUCCUGUGAUGUCCCCUAACAGGGAAGAUGUUUCCCCGAAGUUGUCCUGCUUUUGGUGUCAAGGGGCUGCAGAGAAUGAUCUGUCCUCAGUUAUUCAGUAUCCCAGGUGCUCAGUGGGAACUAUAGCUGCUAUCUAUCCUGUGCCCUCAGGAGAUGUUGCCAAAAACUCUCAAUCACCUUUGGUUUUGUGUUGUCAGCAUGGUUUCAUUUCCUGAAUAAAGUACAAUCUACAUAAUGA